GUGCGAAUAUUGGACUAGUUACACCAAACGCACAUUCUGCUGGCCACAAAACGCCUGACUCCGGGUCGGAGCACACCGCCGAGGUGCCACGCCUCGCCCAAACGCUGCUCAUGAAGUCGUGUGAAUCCAUGUCGGCUCAACAAAUUCGCGAGAUAACGAACGCGCUAUUGAGCCUGCAACGCGGUAGUGGCCCAAUGGCAAACGAGGGCGCCAUGGGCGGCAGUAGCGGUGCCACGCAACACUCAUUGGGACAGCCGCAGCAGCAGCAGUACGAAAUUCAGCAUCAGCAGCAGAACGAUAGUGGCGGGGAGGCUCAAUUAAUGAAGCCCAACUUCCGCGUGGGCUCCUAUACCACGGCGUACAUGCGCAACGAGAAACGGUUGGGCUCGUUAGCGGCUUUGGCCACAUACAUGAAUGACGAAGAAGAAGAGCAGCAAGGAGCUGCCACACCAGUGCCCCAGAAGCACCGAGAUUACACCACCGGCACUGACGAUCACCACAGCAGUUUCUCGGAAACGGCCUGGGACAACUAUCAAGAGAAAUAUAACUCGGAGAACUACUCUGAGGGAUUUGAUUCGGAUGCAGCCAGAAGGCUUAUGGAAUUCGGUGAUGAUUAUCGGUAAGUAAAGUAUGAGGGCUCAUCGUGAAAGCUUGCACGAGGUAAAUGUAUCUUGCAAACGAGAGGUUUUUCGGAUCUUCAAAUGCAAAGCAAAAUAUCGCUCGCGAAAUGGAUGUAGAUCUCUUCAAAGCCUCCUUGGCAUGGUGCAAUUAUGAUCGUGAAGAACUUUAGGUGGCAAAAAUUUCGAGCAACAAACUUUCUGCAUAUAUUCUGUCCCUACAAUUGGCCACAAAUAUGA